ACGGGAACCCUCAGUGAUGAGCCAAGUGCGGGCCGAACCACAAGAACAGGGGCGUCAUCUUCAUCAACCCAUCGCAGACGAGCUAUCCAACAGGUCCUCUUCCCUUCCCAUUCCAGGUGUAACGAACUCCAUCUACCUGGCCUGUGUGACCGCCCGUCGCCACACUCACACUCCCAAGUCGCCUUUACAUCGCACCUCACAGUAAUCCCCACAGCAGCCAUCCCACUCCGCUGUCAGACUACCUAGUCUCCCAAACCGAAAACAUCACCACCACCGCCACAGCGACCACCAUCAUGCCCUCCCCCUGGCCGGCGCCAUACAAAGCCGCCAUCAGCUUCACGAUGGACAACCUGGGCGAAGCGCAGGACGUGCUGCAGGGCCGCUGGGCGCAACCCAUCGGCACGCACCCGGCCGUGACGGCGCAGCUGCCGCGCAUGCUGGCGCUGCUGGCCCGGCACCGCGUGCGCGCGACCUACUUCGCCGAGGCCUGGAGCCUGGGCGUGUACCCGGGCGCGGUGCGCGCGCUGGCCGCGGCGGGGCACGAGGUCGCCUGGCACGGGUUUCAGCACGAGGUCUGGAGCGGGCUCAGGGCCGAGGAGGAGCGGCGGAGUUUUGAGAAGAGCUGGGCGGCUGCUGCCGAGAGCGGGGUGCGCUAUAGGGGCUUUCGGCCGCCUGGUGGCGAGGUCAACGAGCGCACGUGGGGGUUGUUGAGGGAGUUUGGGGUUGAGUAUGUCUCGCCGUUGGGGGAGUUUGGGAUUGGCCCUGAGGGAGUGGUGGUGCUUCCUUUUGAAUGGCGGGCGGUAGAUGCGUUCUGGUAUAUGGAGAAAUUUGCGGGGAUCAGGAAGGGCCAUGGGGAGAGGGAGGAGGUGUUGAGUCCGGGUCAGUUCAAGGAGUGGUUGAUGGGAAAGAUUGAUGAGGUGGCAAAGGCGGGUGGAUUCAUGUCGAUCUUGUUUCAUCCAUUCUUGCAGACAAGUGAGGAGAAAUUUGAGGUGUUGGAGGACGUGCUGAAGCGGAUCAGCGACGAUGGGCAGAUAUGGGUUGCACCCUGCGAGGAAGUGGCAGAAUGGGUGAGAAAGCACCCUGAGCAGUUCCCUUCAAAGUCAAAGAAUGGCGGUAUCUAAGUGGGAUAUCGACUGGAAUCCUAGAGCAUCUUUGGCGGGAGUGUAAAUUCGUCAGCAGUCCACCUGUUUGACAUAGCUGUGGGGGCCCGUCUCGACGGUGGACGGAAUAUGCUAC